ACCCAGAACAAUGAUGGUUUAGUAUCUUUGUUUAGAAACUCUGGCUGUGUUCGAGAGGAUCAAACCCGUAAUGUAUCAUGGGGAAAUUGUGACUGACCGAUUGAUCUACAAAUAAGUUAUUUAUGAUGCAGGUCAGUCAGUCGAAACAAGCCCUCUGCCUAUAAUCUACAGUAGGCGACCUGGAACAAGGGGAGAAGGCAAGCCCGCAUUUCUAUGGAAACUGUAACGCAGGUGGGGAGAGGAGCCGCUGAUGUUUGUGUUGUUUGACAGUUAGCUACAGGUUGCUUUACAAAUUUGUAAGACUGCAGGUAUCAUGGCAGGGACGUCGCGACAUGAUCGGGAGAUGGCGGUGAAUGCCAAAAAACAGCUGUCUGUAUGCACAGACCCUGUGGAUCGACUGAGGAUGCAGUGUCUCGCACGAGGCUCUUCUGGCAUCAAGGGUCUGGGCAGAACAUUCAGGAUAAUGGAUGAUGACAACAACCGUAUAUUGGAUGUGAAGGAGUUUAUGAAGGGGCUUAAUGACUACGGUGUCCUCAUUGAGAAAGAUGAGGCCAUGACAAUGUUUCAACGUUUUGACCGGGACAACAGUGGACUCAUUGACUUUGAUGAAUUUCUCCUCACUCUCAGGCCCCCGAUGUCCAAUGCCAGGAAGGAGGUGAUCAUGCAGGCCUUUAGGAAGCUGGAUAAGACUGGUGACGGGGUGAUCACUAUUGAAGAUCUUAGUGGGGUUUACAACGCCAAGUACCACCCCAAAUAUCAAAAUGGGGAGUGGACAGAGGAGCAAGUAUUCCGCAAAUUCCUGGACAGCUUCGACUCUCCUUACGACAAGGACGGAAAGGUCACCAUGGAGGAGUUUCUCAACUACUACUGUGGAGUCAGCGCCUCCAUCGAUAGUGAUGUCUAUUUCAUUCUCAUGAUGAAAAAUGCAUGGAAAUUGUGAGUUUUAAGUUGAUAACUUUAUGAUGAUUUUUAAUGGACAGUUUUUCAAGGUGCCUUCAUAAACAAAUAUUUCAUUUUGGAAAUCAUGUUGACAAACGAAUAUUAAUAAUGUCCCCCCCAAAAAUAAAAAAAUAAUGUGCCAAUGAUAUGCAAAUGAUUAUGAAUGACUUGUAAAUAUUUCGUGCUAUGUGAAAAUAUGUAUUUUAAUUAUACAGUCCCUCUCUCCAGAAACAACCAAUAUUCUGUAUUGUAGAAUUUGAAAUGUGAUGUAUCUGUACAUCUGUGUUCCACAGUUCCUAUGUUAGAUACAUCUUU